CACUCCUCCCCCUCUCUUGGGUCAAACUCAGUACAUUCAACCAAACAACCCCUCUACAAGAAACACAGAAACCGCCACCAUGCCCGGAAAAGUCGGCUGCUGCGAAAUCAUCAUCGCCUUCUUCCUCCCCUUCGUGGGCGUCUUCAUGCGCACCGGGUGCAGCUGCGAUCUCCUCAUCAACAUCUGUCUGUGUAUCCUGGGUUGGGUGCCAGGUGUCAUCCACGCCUACUACAUUCUCGCCAAUAAAUAAACAAUGCCCCUGUCCUGAUGUGCCGGUCGCGAAGGAUUUAGAUCGGGUACGGGCGCAUUCGGCGUAUCAAUUGGG